AUGAAUCAAGUUGUGUUUAACUUCAUUUUAUUCACACUAAGCAUUCUUCUUUCAUCAAAAACCAAGGCACAACAAAAUUACUCAGGAAAUUCAAUACUCAGCUGCAAGAACAACGAUGAUACGGGACCUUCACCGGCAUUUCUUUACACCUGCAAUGGCCUCAACAGAUCAUGCUUGGCCUUUCUCACCUUCAAAUCCAAUCCUCCUUAUAACUCUGUUGCCACAAUUUCCAACCUCACAUCAUCGAAUCCGAAUGAGCUAGCCAGAAUCAACCGCGCUACUUUGGUUACAGUUUUCCCACCUGGUAAAGAGGUUAUUGUUCCUGUCAACUGUUCUUGUUUAACCAAGGAUUAUUACCAAGCUGAAACCAAAUAUAUGUUGGGUCUAAACCCAACAUAUUUCAUAAUAGCAAAUGACACGUUCCAGGGUUUGUCGACAUGUGAUUCUCUUAUGCGUGCGAAUCCAUAUGGGGAACUUGAUUUGCAUAAAGGAAUAGAGUUGAAUGUGCCACUCCGAUGCGCUUGUCCAACGUAUCAUCAGAAAACAAAUGGCACCAAGUAUUUACUCACAUAUUCUGUGACCUGGGGUGAUAACAUUUCAAAUAUUGCUACAAGAUUCAAUGUAACAGUAGGUAAUCUAAUUGAUGCCAAUGGUUUUUCCACAGAGACUCAACUCCUUUUUCCAUUCACAACUGUUCUGAUUCCUUUGGCAAGUGAACCAGUGAAUUUAAAAACCAUAGUUGUUAAUGAUCCUCCACCACCACCCACCCCACCACCACCAACCUCUCUUGGUUGCAGCUUCAAAAAGUGCAAAUCAAACAGGAAAGUACUCCUCAUUGCUUUAACCACCUCAGUGCUGGUUCUGUGUGUCUUGUUUGUGCUGUUUAUGUUUCUGUUUCUGCUCAGAAAGAGAUCGGCAAGGUUCGUUAAGCGAGGAACACAAUUUAACAAUAAAAGAGAGCUGUUUUCUGAAGAGAUCCGCGAGGAGAUAGCGAUCAUUGAACAUCUCUCCAAAGUGUAUAGCUUUGAGGAAAUAAAAGAGGCGACUGAGAAUUUUAGUCCAAAGAACAUAAUCAAAGGUUCUUUAUUUCGCGGUGUAUUCGGCAAUGGCAAAGACGUGUUGGCUGUUAAAAGAAUGAGAAGAGAUGCUUCCACAGAAAUCAAUUUGCUGAAAAGGAUCAAUCAUUUCAACUUGAUAAAACUGCAAGGUUACUGUGAAAACAAUGAUUGCAUAUAUCUUGUUUAUGAAUACAUAGAAAAUGGAUCUUUAAGAGAAUGGCUUAGCAAGAAUAGGUCCAUUGAACACCAAAGUUGGGAAAAGAGGAUACAGAUUGCAUUGGAUAUUGCCAAUGGACUUCAGUAUCUUCACAACUUCACAGAACCUUGCUAUGUACACAAGGACAUAAGCAGUGGAAACGUUCUACUGAACAAAGAUUUAAGGGCCAAGAUAGCAAAUUUUGCUCGUGCUGAAGAAUCAAAAAGGAUGAUACCUUCUGGUUGUCCCACAUCACAUGCCGUAGGAUCUGUCGGUUAUUUGGCUCCCGAGUAUCUCAAGGAAGGGGUAGUCAGUACCAAAAUGGACAUCUACGCCUUUGGAGUUGUGCUGUUGGAAUUGAUCACUGGCAAAGAUUCUAUUACCCUACAAGAUGGAAGACAAGUAAUGCUCUAUGAAAUCAUAGAAAAUAUCGUUGGCAAAGAGAAUGAAGAAGAGAAGGUGAGUUUGUUCAUUGAUCCUUGCCUCACUGAAAACUGUAGGAAAGCAUGUGCACUGCAGCUAGUUAAACUGAGUCUAGCCUGCUUGAUCCAAGAACCAGAAAGCAGACCAAACAUUGAAGAGGUAGUCUCUAGCUUACUGAAAAUACAGGCAAAUGAUAUGCAACAAAGAAUAUCCCCCAUCAUCAACAAAAGCGUAAGCCUGGAGAGGUGA